UUCCCGUAGCGCUCUCCAUACAAUCACGAACACUGAAUCCAAACCCCCAGUCCCCUCUCUCUCUCUCUCUCUCUCUUUUCCCCUCUGCCUCCCUCUAUAAAGCUCCAAAUAUGGCCGCCCAAGUGAGUAGUCUUAUUCGAGUUCUCGCCGGCUACGAGGACCAAGAUAACCGGGCCGCCCUCGAGGAAUCAACGGCUCUCACUACUCGUGAUUUGCUCGGUCAAUCUUCCAACCUCGCUGACUCUCAGGAACUGGACCUCGAUUUGCAGGUUCCCUCCGGCUGGGAAAAGCGCCUCGACUUGAAGUCGGGAAAAGUUUACAUUCAGAGAAGUCAAACUCCAGAUUCUCCUCUGAAUUCAGAAUCCAAACAACGCCAAAUGAAGAAUCGAACAGAAUCCAAAUCCCAGGACUUGAAUUUCCCCCCAUCUCCUUCAAAACGAACAUUAAAUCUCUUCAAUGAAACCAGCUUGGAUUUGAAUUUGACGUCGUCGACCAAUUACGCCAGCGUUUGCACUCUGGAUAAGGUCAAAUCUGCUUUAGAAAGGGCCGACAAGGAGCUGAUUAAAAAACGGUCUACGCUUUGGAAGUCGCCGUCCUCCCCCUUGGCGGCCAAGGAAGUUCAAGAAGAAGAGGCGGCGGAAAGUAGAAAGUCGGCGGCGCCGAUGGCGGUGGGUUGUCCUGGAUGUCUAUCUUAUGUAUUGGUGACGAAAAACAACCCAAGAUGUCCUCGAUGCAAUUCUGUUGUUCCAUUGCCGAGCAUCAAGAAACCUCGAAUCGACCUAAACAUAUCCAUAUAAAAAGGGUCGGGGAUGGUUCUUUUGUUGCGGGUACAUGUAAAAUGAACAUAUUUACACCAAAAAUAUUAUGCCUUCCAUUGUUGAAUUUGUUCUUUUUC